AUGGCACCGACACGACGGACGCCGGAGAGCGCUGUGCGCAACGCCACACUGCGCAAGUGGUAUGCCCGGGCGUGGUGGAUCGGUCUGCACGUCUAUGGCUACGUGGUGCUGGGCUACAAGGGCGCGCUGAGCCCCGACGCGCUGUCCAUAGCUCCAUUCGUCUUGUCUCUGGUCGUCGCAGUACUGGCGAUCACUUGUUACAUUGUGCUCCAGUGCUCGUCGCCGGGCCACCUCGAGAAGCGGCCGUUCGUUUCAGCUGACGUUGGACCGCACAAUGGAAUGCCGGCGUCGGUCGGGUUUCCGUCCCCAGUUAUCGCAGCCGAAGACGGUGUGAACACGGAACUGCUCGCCGAGGGAUCCGACAAUGGGCUGCUGGACAACAGCAGCAGUGAUCUCCACUUCUGCAACGAAUGCCACGUGUUCCAGCCACUACGGACGAAACACUGUAAAGAUUGCGCUCGAUGUACGCGGCAGUACGACCAUCAUUGCGACUGCGUCGGAACGUGUGUUGGCGAGAACAAUCGUCGGCUGUUUGUGCUGUUUUUGUGUCUGCAAAGCCUCGAAGGUGCUGUGAUGAUUGGAGUGACGUCGUCGGCUUUUUCGGACGAAGAAGACGUCGACAGCUGGUUCAAGACCAACGCGCUGUACAUUGUACUGUGCUUCCUGCUCGUCUGCGUUUUGCUCAUCGUUGUCCCUCUGUUGGGCUACCAAGUGUUUCUCAUCUCAACAAACCAGACUUCGUGGGAACACGCUCGGCGGUCGUCCAUCACCUACUUGCAGGACCUGCCCGACAGUCGCUCGCCAUUUGAUCGAGGGGUGCUUCGGAAUUGGUGGGUCUUUGUCUCGAACGGAGACAGCAAUAAAUGGGUACACGAAAGUGCACCCGACCCCAUGACGUCGUACAACGACGACAACAACAACAACGCGUCUUUGGUCGCGUAA